AUGGGCCAAGGCGUGUCCAAUCCACCUCCGCUUCAAUCCUGCGGGAAUCAGUUCGGCAUGUGCCUGCCCUCUUGGGACACCGUGAAGGUGGACCUGACGCGGGUAGACAGCGAACAGGUGCCAGGGGUUCGUGACGCAAAGCUGCUGCCCUCCUCGCGUGCCAUCCGCGCCGCACUUGCUGCCAAGAACGGGGAGACAAAGAUGGAUCGUGGGAUGCUGGCCAAGGUCGAGUGGGAAAGGCAGCUGCGAGCAAAGAUAGAAGAGCGGGAGAGACAAAUGCUGGAAAGUCAGCAGGUCAUUCCUCCUGCGGAAACGCCAGUGGACAUUGGCAUCAGGCAGGAUGAGCGGCUGCAGGCCUUGGAGUUAAUCAAGCAGGACAUGGAAGUCGGGCGCUUGUGUGACAGGUCGCAUGCGCCGGCACUCCCGGAGGAGGAAGAGGUAGAGGAAAGCGUGGACAAGAAGGACCACGGCCAGGAUGAAAGCACCGAGCUUCAAACCUCGAGCUCCAAAGGCAGUUCCCCAGAGGACGAGCUGGAGGAGGAUGGCAAAGAAGUCUUGAGCAAGUUCUUGGCUGAAAACAGAUUUGAAGAUGCCCGUAAAGGCAGGGAAGGAGACGCCAAGGCCAAAGCAGCGAGUGACGUUCUUUUGUGGGAGGGCGUUUGCGUGCCUCUAGGCGGGGAAGACCCAUACCGGUACCAAGACGGUUGGCCGCCACUUGCCGACACCAAGUUGUACUACCUGACUCUGGCCGCACCCGGGGCCGUUGCCUCCGGUUCAGAUUCGAGUGCGUGGCACUUGGCCAUUGCUCCACCAAGUGUACGCAUUGUCACAACGGUGCAGACAGCAGCAAUCAUUAGCACCACAGCGGUGCUAGUAGCAGUCGUCAUCCUGGCGGCGGUGGCGGUGGUGGAGGAUCGCAAGCGAAUAAAUUGCCCCACGAAGUCUUUUCAGAUUCAUUUGGAACUGCAGCUGUCCUUUAAUAACGUCUCUGCAUUUGCAAGAGCCACGGCAAUGUCUGGCGUUCUGAGCUGGCUCUAUGACUUGUUCGAAGAUCCACCGGAGCCCGACACCCCAUUCAUCAAGGCAUUGAAAGAUGACUGGACCUUUGGCAUGAUCAAGCUGGUUACAGGUGUCGAGCUGGCGGAGAACUCGGAGUCUCGCGAGGAAGAUGUCACCAAACAGCAACUUGAGGCCAGGAUCGCGGCAGCCGAAAAGGCUGCCUCCAAGGUGACAGAGCCCAACAAGCUUCUGGACCUAGCGGAAGCGUACGGCGUGCUGAGCCCAAGAGACAAGCGCGUCCUCGAGACCUGUGAGCUGGUCAUGAAGUUCUCGCUCCCCUUCCUCAGCAGGCAGCGCCAAGGCGACGCGCAUCAGCUACAUGCGCGCUCUCUUUUCCUCCACAAGGACUUCGAGGGUAGCCUUCGUGCCUUGCUCCGCGCACAGGAGUGCUACAAGGACCAGGGAAACAAGAGACUUCGGAGACUGAACAAUUCUGGCCUUCUCCGUGCGCAUGCAGCCUUGGGCCAGAACACCCAAGCCUGCGAACGCUUCAAGGUGGCCUUAACAAUGUGCUCGACAAAGGAGGAAGCCCUGAACGUCUACCUCAGCGGCAAAGUCGCAUUGGAGGAUGCCGGCUUUGGGGACAACUUCGAGAUGCUUUGGGAGGAUCACCUGGAUGACAACCCUGAGACUAAGGCGCACUUGGACCAGCAGAUGGCAGCCAUGACACAGCUUACAAAACAAGUGCCCCAGGACGACAAAGGAGGCCCAGAGGACGACUUCAAGAUGCCAGAAACGUUGAAAGAAGGGGUUCAGUUGGCCAAGCGCCACAAAGGGAUCACUUCAUUUAUACUCGUGUUCCUCGUGCUCUACCUCAUACUGGCCAUAUACAUCUCCAACUGGCUUUCCAAAGCGAUCAUGCAGCGCUUGGCAGAGCAGAAGCUCUAG